AUGAAUCAGACAGGAAUAAUUGAGAAUAGUAAAAGAUUCAUUAACGAAUAUAAAUUAGACAUUGGAUUAUAUCUUAUUUUAAUAGUAAUUAAUAAUUUCGUUGGAUUCAUUCCAACUCAUCAAGAAGUUCCUUAUAAAGAAGACCCAAAUUAUAUGUUUUCAAAACGUAAUGAUAUUAUUCCAAGAACAAUGAAUGUUAUUAUUAAUUUUUAUAUUCCAAUUUGUAUCAUUGCAAUGAUAUCUAUCUAUAAAAAGAAUAUAGAAAGAGGGUUAACAAUGCUCAUUCCAUUUCUAAAUAGUGAGGUAAUUGUUGGAAUUAUUACCCAAUUAUUAAAACGAUAUUCCGGAAAGCCAAGACCAUUUUAUAAUACAUAUUGUAUUGAACAUUAUAAACCAAGUUGUAAUCAUAGUUUUCCAUCUGGCCAUACUGCAUAUGCUU